AUGAGAAAACGAUUGAAAAAUGGAACGAAUGACUACACUCCACUUCAUAAAGCUUGUCAAGUUGGUGAUGAUACCACUGUACAACAACUACUGCAAAAUGGCGCCGACAUCAAUGUAUAUGACAACGAAGGAUUAAAUCCUCUUCACAUAGCCUGUGGAGAAGGACAUGAGAGCACGGUACAACUUUUAUUGAACAAUGGCGCCAAUAUCAAGUUAUGUAAAAAUAAUGGAGUCAGUCCCCUAUUUAUAGCUUGUCAAAAAGGACAUGACAGCACCGUCCAACAUUUACUGAACUAUGGCACCCAUAUCAAUGUAUGUAGAAAUAAUGGAGUCAGUCCCCUAUAUAUAGCUUGUCAAAAUGGACAUUACAGCAUGGUACAGCUUUUACUGAACAAUGGCGCUGAUAUCAAUUUAUGUCGGAAUGAGGGUGGCAGUCCUCUAUAUAUAGCUUGUCAAAAAGGACAUGACAGCACGGUUCAACAUUUACUGAACAUCGGCGCCGACAUCAAUUUAUGUAAAAAUACAGGAGCCAGUCCUUUACAUGUAGCUUGUCAAAAAGGACAUGACAGCACGGUACAGCUGUUACUGAACAAUGGCACCCAUAUCAAUUUAUGUAAAAAUAAUGGAGUCAGUCCCCUAUAUAUAGCUUGUCAAAAUGGACAUGACAGCACGGUACAGCUGUUACUGAACAAUGGUGCCGUCAUCAAUUUGUGUAGAAAUACAGGACCCAGUCCUUUAUAUAUAGCUUGUCAAGAAGGACAUGACAGCACGGUUCAACUUUUACUGAACAAUGGCGCCGAUAUCAAUUUAUGUCAGAAUGAUGGACUCAGUCCCCUAUAUAUAGCUUGUCAAAAAGGACAUGACAGCACGGUUCAACAUUUACUGAACAUCGGCGCCGACAUCAAUUUAUGUAAAAAUACAGGAGCCAGUCCUUUACAUGUAGCUUGUCAAAAAGGACAUGACAGCACGGUACAGCUGUUACUGAACAAUGGCACCCAUAUCAAUUUAUGUAAAAAUAAUGGAGUCAGUCCCCUAUAUAUAGCUUGUCAAAAUGGACAUGACAGCACGGUACAGCUGUUACUGAACAAUGGUGCCGUCAUCAAUUUGUGUAGAAAUACAGGACCCAGUCCUUUAUAUAUAGCUUGUCAAGAAGGACAUGACAGCACGGUUCAACUUUUACUGAACAAUGGCGCCGAUAUCAAUUUAUGUCAGAAUGAUGGACUCAGUCCCCUAUUUAUAGCUUGUCAAAAAGGACAUGACAGCACGGUUCAACAUUUACUGAACUAUGGCGCCGACAUCAAUUUAUGUAAAAAUACAGGAGCCAGUCCUGUAUCUAUAGCUUCUCAAAAAGGAUAUGACAGCAAAAUACAACUUUUACUGAACAAUGGGGCCCAUAUCAAUUUAUGUAAAAAUAAUGGAGUCAGUCCCCUAUAUAUAGCUUGUCAAAAUGGACAUUACAGCACGGUACAGCUUUUACUUAACAAUGGCGCUGAUAUCAAUUUAUGUCGGAAUGAGGGAGGCAGUCCUCUAUUUAUAGCUUGUCAAAAAGGACAUGACAGCACGGUUCAACAUUUACUGAACAUCGGCGCCGACAUCAAUUUAUGUAAAAAUACAGGAGCCAGUCCUUUAUAUGUAGCUUCUCAAAAAGGACAUUACAGCACGGUACAGCUGUUACUGAACAAUGGCGCCCAUAUCAAUUUAUGUAAAAAUAAUGGAGUCAGUCCCCUAUAUAUAGCUUGUCAAAAUGGACAUGACAGCACGGUACAGCUGUUACUGAACAAUGGUGCCGACAUCAAUUUAUGUAGAAAUACAGGAGCCAGUCCUUUAUAUAUAGCUUGUCAAGAAGGAUAUGAACACGUUUGGAUGUUGUUGAUUUAAGAAAAGACAUGACAGCACGGUUCAACUUUUACUGAACAAUGAAGCCGAUUUCAAUUUAUAUCACAAUAAUGGAUCCAGUCCUCUAUAUAUAGCUUACGAAAAAGGACAUGGCAGCACGGUACAACUUUUACUGAACAAUGGCUCCAAUAUCGAUUGAUGUCAGAAUAAUGGAACCAGUCCUCUUGGUAUUGCGUUUCAAAAUAAGCAUCACGAUGUAGUAAAAAUGUUGCUUAGAAAAUUGUGGUGAUAUUUGACUUGAUAGAUGACUAUUCAAUGAUUUCUUUACUCAAUUAACGCGUUCAUUCACAAAAAGAACAGAUACCUUAAUGAACGAGUAAGGAGUACAUCAUCUUUAUACACCACAAGAAUAGGACAUAUACGUAUAUAAUGAACGAAUCGGAAAGUUAUGGGGAAAAUAGUUGUAAACUCAAGUUUCUGAUUAAUUAAAGAAAAUG